ACGUUAAAAGUAUAAAAUUUUUUUUGUAAAUAUUGUAAACAAUUUUACUGCAUCAAAAUUUUAUAUUAAAAACAAUUCCAUGUAAAAAAUAUAUAUUUUUUUUUAAUUUGAAAAUUACGAUCAGUUGAAAUAUUAUUGUGAUUUUAAAGACUUCAUCUUUUAAAUAAAAAUGGGAUUUUUUAAAUUUUUGGUGCUUUUCCUUUUCUGCACUUUUGUCGCAGUUAACUGCCAUCCUCCUGUUCCGAGAAGAGGCAGUAAGCUCCGCAUUGACCAGUAUCGACUUGACUCUUCAUCUAACAUACCUUUAAUAAUUAUAAGAUGCAUACAGGAAGUGGAAAACAGAGGAAUGAAUAAUAUAAACUUAUAUCAUGGUAUACUUAUGAAAGAGAAUGAAAAAAAUUUAUUCAGAGAAUUAAAACUUUCUAAUAAUGUCGAUUUAUCGCAAUAUUCACCUCUGACAUUUCCAAAAAUUAUCAAACAUUUUUUGAAGGAUUUACAGCCACAUUUGAUUGCUCAUUAUGUGACUAAAAAAUUGUCACAAGCUGUAGAAUCAACAGUUGAUUUCAAAAAAUUAAAAGCACUGAUUAACGAACUUCCGCUUGUAAACCGAAAAACUCUUGCAUUGCUGAUGAUACAUUUAAAACGACUAGUUUUAAAAAAUAAAAAUAGCGCUUUACAAUCGGAAUUAAACUUCUAUUAUAGAGGCUCUAUUUUUUCUCAACAUAUCCCUGCAGAUAAUCAGAGAAAAAUUAUUGAUGCUUUUUUUUCUCUUCCAUUCGAAUAUUGGAAUUCCAUUACUAAUUAUACUUCAAUUAUCACGAUUCGUCAAGGAGAAAACUCGGCAAUAAAUGCUGAAGAUGAUGAAGUGCAGAAUCAUGUAUUAUCGCUAGUUGAAGUUGACACAAUGCAGGAAUCUUCAGAUGAAAUGCAAUCAAAAAAGAGCAUUGACCAGUAUCGACUUGACUCUUCAUCUAACAUACCUUUAAUAAUUAUAAGAUGCGUACAGGAAGUGGAAAACAGAGGAAUGAAUAAUAUAAACUUAUAUCAUGGUAUACUUAUGAAUGAGAAUGAAAAAAAUUUAUUCAGAGAAUUAAAACUUUCUAAUAAUGUCGAUUUAUCGCAAUAUUCACCUCUGACAUUUCCAAAAAUUAUCAAACAUUUUUUGAAGGAUUUACAGCCACAUUUGAUUGCUCAUUAUGUGACUAAAAAAUUGUCACAAGCUGUAGAAUCAACAGUUGAUUUCAAAAAAUUAAAAGCACUGGUUAACAAACUUCCGCUUGUAAACCGAAAAACUCUUGCAUUGCUGAUGAUACAUUUAAAACGACUAGUUUUAAAAAAUGAAAAUAGCGUUUUACAAUCGAAAAUAAACUUCUAUUAUAGAGGCGCUAUUUUUUCUCAACAUAUCCCUGCAGAUAAUCAGAGAAAAAUUAUUGAUGCUUUUUUUUCUCUUCCAUUCGCAUAUUGGAUUUCUAUUACUAAUUAUACUUCAAUUAUCACGAUUCGUCAAGGAGAAAACUCGGCAAUAAAUACUGAAGAUGAUAUGCGAAAUGAAGUGAAUAAUGUAUUAUCGUCAGAAGAUGUGUCAAUGCAGCAAAAUUCAGAUGAAAUGCAACCAGAAAUGCGCUUCAUUUCAAAUUAUGCACUUGACUCUUCAUUUAGCAUACCUUUAAUAGUUAAAAGAUGCAUACAGGAAGUGGAAAACAGAGGAAUGAAUGAACCAUUAUUAUACUUUGAAAUUAGCUACGAAGAGAAUGGUAAAAAAUUAUUCACAGAAUUAACUAACAAUCACGUCGAUCUAUCGCAACAAAAUCCUCUGAUAAUUGCCGAAACUCUCAAAUUCUUUUUGAGAUUUUUAAAGUCACCUUUGAUUGUUCCUGAACUGAUUAAUGAAUUUUCACAAGCUGUAGAAUCAACAGUUGAUUUCGAAAAAUUAAAAGAACUGAUUAACAAACUUCCGCUUGUAAAUCGAAGAACUCUUGCAUUACUGAUGACACAUUUAAAACGAGUCUUAAAACAGAAUCACGUUUCACAAAUGCAAUUAAACAUAAUUUUUUAACAUCUUUUUUUUCAUUGUUAUGCGUCUCCAAAUAUUGCGGGAAUAAUUCUUGAUGCCUUUUUUUCUUUUCCAUUCAAAUAUUGGAAUUUAAUUACUAAUUAUACUUCAAUUAUCAAGAUUCGUCAAGAAGAAAACUCGGCAAUAAAUACUGAAGAUGAUAUGCGAAAUGAAGUGGUAAAAAAUAUUCAAUAUUUUUAACGUACAUGAAAUAAUAAUUUACUUGUGCAUUUAAUCCACAUAUUUAGAAAAAGGGUGGAGUGUGACAUAAUUAUAACAAUGUGGUACCAAAAAAAGACUUCAAAAACUUCUUAUCGGAUCUAGUAGAGUUUGUAGAGCAUAAAAAACUGAAAAGAAUGGUGUAUAUUUAAUUGCUUAUAAACCCUCUUCUUAAUUGAUGACGAUAAAGACCAAAAACUUUCAAAAAUUUCGAUUUUUUAUUUAUUUAUUUUUUAUUUCGAUUGAUAGUUAAUUCUGCUUCAAAUGACCCCUAAUCGGUUGGAAUUCGUUAGAAUUUGUCUAAGUUAGCAGACUUUUAAUUUUAUAUAUAGUAACAUUAGGUUUCAUGUGUGAUUUAUAGUUUUUUUUAAUUUUCAUAAAAUUUAAUAUAUGUUUAGUGUAUACUAAAAUUAAAGAAUACAGAGCAUUUACCUUUAAAUUUUAUGAAAAUUAAAAUAAACUAUAAAUUACACACACAUGAAACAUAAUGUGACUAUAAAAUUAAAAGUCUGCUAACUAAGACAAAUUUUAACGAAUUCCAACCGAUUAGGGGUCAUUUGAAGCAGAAUUGACUAUACAUUUUCGAUGUGUAAAAUUAAGAAGGUAUAUCUCAUCAGAUAACAGUUACAAAUUGAUCAAAAGUAUUUGGUCUUUGUCGUCAUUAAUUAAGAAGAUACAACAAAUAAAAAAAUUUGAAAUCAGGCAAAAAAUAAGGAAGUUACAAGGAUUUUUUCACGAAAAAUGGUAUUCCGUCUCUAAAAUCAAAUUUUGAGGGUGUAUAAGCAAUUAAAUAUACAGUAAGAAAAGUACCAUGGUAAUCACAGCCCAUGAGUGCGAGUGAGACAAACUUAUGCGUAACGCAUGCAUUCCUAUGACUACCAUGGUACUUUUCUUACUGUAUACCAUUCUUUUCAGUUUUUUAUGCUCUACAAGCUCUACUAGAUCAGAUAAGAAGUUUUUGAAGUAAUAUUUUUUUGUAACACUGUGUAAUUGAGUAUUUUUGAGUCUAAACCAUUUUAAUUUAAAGAAAAUACGAAAAAUCAUAAGUACUUUUUGCAAACUUAAUUUUUUUUGUUCAUUAUAAUUAUAAACUAAUUCCAUUAAAAAGAAAUGGAAAUAUUUUUUUAAGAAAUCAGUUUUCUAAUUUUAAUAA